GCCGUGCUGCUCGCUGCUGUGCUGCAGGCAGAGACAGUCAGAGCAGCUGCAGAGAGACCAGGGACCUGACUACAACGGACAGGCUCAUGUUGGGACAGUCAGAAACGCAACAUUUGCCUUUUCUGUGAUUAAAUACCCACACAUUUCUACUUUGAACCUCUUCCUGGUCACGUUCUCUCUGUUUUGAAGCAGCGCAGGACUCUGUUUUUUCCUUCUCUCGACCUGAAAUGACUGCUACUCACCGUGUCUAGCCAAUGCUUACUGCGGGGGCUCCCGUCUUGUGGAUUAUCCGUCGUCGCCGAGCCAGUUGCAUGGUCGAGCCCGGAGGAGGCCCCGCUCUGCUGGAUGGAUGUGUGUGAGGCAGCGGCGGACUCCGAGUUCUGAUGAAGACGGUGAUAAUGAUGAUGCUCGGGUUUCAUCGGCAGUGGGUGAACUGAGCUUGGAUGUUCGGGCUUUAUCGCCCCCACACAAACCCAUUUCCUCUUACAGCAAAAACAUAUAUUCCUUAAAACCUGGACGCCCCUGGAGCAGUUUAUGACGACCCUGGUAGGAGCGUGAUGAGCGCGCGCUUCCGCUUGCCUGCUGGCAGAUCCUACAAUGUCCGGGCGACGGAGCUGGAGCGAGACAGGCAGCACACACAGGUUGUGUGCAACGUACUGCUGCUGGACAACACAGUCCAGGCCUUCAAAGUCAGCAAGUCGGAUCAUGGCCAGUUGUUGCUGGAUGCCGUCUUUAAGCACCUGGAGCUGACUGAGAGAGACUACUUUGGCCUGCACUUGGCUGAUGACUCCUUAGAUUCACCACGCUGGCUCGAUCCCAACAAGCCCAUCAGGAAACAGUUAAAAAGAGGGUCUCCCUAUAACUUGAGCUUCAGAGUCAAAUUCUUUGUGACAGACCCCGGCAAACUUCAGGAAGAAUACACACGGUACCAAUAUUUUCUCCAAAUCAAGCAGGACAUAUUUACUGGAAGAUUGCCCUGUCCACACAACACAGCCGCACUGCUGGCAUCGUAUGCUGUUCAAUCCGAGCUGGGGGACUACAGUGAAACGGAGCAUUCAUCAGGCUAUCUGUCGGAAUACUGCUUCAUCCCCAACCCCCCACAAGACUUCCACAAGGAGGUCUCCAAACAUCACCAGCAGCACAGUGGUCUAUCUCCUGCCGAGUCAGAGUUUAAUUAUCUGAACACAGCACGCACGCUGGAGCUCUACGGGGUAGAGCUGCACUAUGCAAGGCUCUUCUUUCCCUCUCUCCAGGACCAGAGCAACACAGAGAUUCUUAUUGGGGUUAUGUCUGCCGGGAUUGUGGUUUACAAGAACAGGGUACGGAUCAACUAUUUCCCAUGGUUGAAAAUAGUGAAAAUCUCCUUCAAGUGCAAACAGUUCUUCGUCCAGCUCAGGAGAGAGGCGACGGAGACUCGGGAGACGCUGCUGGGUUUCAACAUGGUGAACUACCGGGCCUGUAAAAACCUGUGGAAGGCCUGUGUGGAGCACCACACCUUCUUCAGGCUAGAGAGGCCCAUCCCUCCACAGAAGAACUUCUUUGCUCACUACUUCACCCUGGGCUCAAAGUUCAGAUACUGUGGGCGGACGGAGGUGCAGUCUGUGCAGUAUGGAAAGGAGAAGGGCAUCAAGGACAGAGUGUUUGCGAGAUCUCCCAGCAAGCCAUUGGCCAGGAAGUUACUGGGUGGAACAGACUGGGAGUCGGUCAGCAGGAACAGCCUAUCAGACGAGAGACUGGAGACUCAAAGCCUACCCACCCGCUCUCCGCCGGGGACGCCCAAUCAGAACUCGCUGUUUGUACAAGAGGGCACGCGAAUACGCCCGUCAUCGGUUGGACACCUGGUCGAUCACGUGAUCCACGCUUCACCCAGCCUGCCUGUCUUCUCCUCCAAUCACAAAUCAGCAUCGUCCACACAGGCUAACAGCAUCAGCUUGGACUCCACACCGUCUCCAGAGGGUCUCGACGGCCAGCCCCCAGCCCUGCCCCCAAAGCAGCUGAGCAGAAAGACCUUGAGCCAGAUCAUCCAGGCGCACUCUCAGCAGAGCCUCCUGGACAACCACCUCAAUGAGAUGUACGAUGUUCCUGUCAAUGCUGAUAAGACAACGCUAAAUGGAGUCGUCCCUCAUGAUAACCUGGUCCUGAUCAAGAUGAGACCUGAUGAACAUGGACGUUUUGGCUUCAAUGUCAAGGGUGGAGCUGACCAGAAGAUGCCCAUCAUUGUGUCUCGAGUGGCUCCAGGAACAUCUGCCGACCUGUGUGUGCCUCGCCUUAACGAGGGCGACCAGGUGGUCCUCAUUAAUGGACGGGACAUCUCUGACCACACCCACGAUCAGGUGGUCAUGUUCAUCAAGGCCAGCUGUGAGAGCCACUCCGGGGAGCUCAUCCUAUUGGUCAGGCCAAACGCUAUUUAUGACGUGGUGGAGGAGAAGGUGGACUCGGAGCCAGAUUUUCAGUACAUCCCUGAGAAGUCCCCUCAGGAUCCCACACAGCUAGACCAGCAUGCUUUGAGGGACUCCAUGGUCACCCUGAAGGAAGGCCUGAUCAGCGGGGCCAUACUGGCACAGUUUGAUCAACUGUACAGAAAGAAGCCGGGGAUGACCAUGCUGUGUGCCAAAUUACCUCAGAACGUUUCCAAAAAUCGCUACAGAGACAUCUCUCCUUAUGAUGCCACGCGGGUCAUCCUGAAAAGCACAGAUGACUACAUCAAUGCAAAUUACAUCAAUAUGGAGAUUCCAGCCUCCAGUCUUAUAAACCGCUACAUAGCGUGCCAAGGCCCGCUGCCCAACACCUGCCCCGACUUCUGGCAAAUGACAUGGGAGCAGGGCUCAUCCAUGGUGGUCAUGCUGACCACGCAGGUCGAGAGAGGGCGGGUGAAGUGUCACCAGUACUGGCCCAACCCAGACAGCAGCGCCACCUAUGGAGACUUUACAGUGACGUGCCACAACGAAGAGGGCAACUCUGCCUUCCUGGUCCGGGAGAUGACUCUCUUGCACACACAGAGUGAGCAGCAGAGAGAGCUUACACAGAUUCAAUACCUAGCUUGGCCAGACCACGGCGUUCCUGAUGACUCCACUGACUUCCUGGACUUUGUGGCUCUGGUGCGGACCAAACGAGCUGGACAGGACCAGCCGAUGGUGGUUCACUGCAGUGCAGGGAUUGGUCGGACAGGGGUUCUGAUCACGAUGGAGACGGCUCUGUGUCUGAUGGAGUGUGGUCAGCCUGUGUAUCCUCUAGAUAUCGUGAGGACCAUGAGAGACCAGCGAGCCAUGAUGAUACAAACACCUAGCCAGUAUCGCUUUGUAUGUGAGGCCAUCCUGAGAGUGUACGAGGAGGGCCUGGUCAAACCACUCAAGACCGCCAUCUACCAGCCGAGAGAGAAGGUGGACGAGGAGCGAGGGGAGGAGAAGAAGGAGCAGCAGAAAACAGGAGAAGGAGCGGAGACGGCAGCGAUGGAGGAAGGCGAGGCCGCCGUGGUGGAGCUGCUGGAGGGAGGUCUGGACGAAGAGGACGACGACGACGAGGAGGUGGAGGUGCUGGAUGUGGGAGAAGUGACAGAAGAGGGGGAGGAGGAGGAGGAGGAGGAGGAGGAAGAAGAGGAGGAGGAGGAAGUUGAGGAGCAGAGCGUUGCAAGCGCCACCAGCGUGACCAGUGAGACCAGCGUGAACCCUGACCCUGACCCUGACCCUGCUAACCCGUGACAGGGUCACUGGAGGAGAGAACAAAGCACUGUUGCACUUUAUGCUGAUAAAAAUGGAAAAAAAGACACAAACGAACAAAAGUGAAAACCAUGGACAAGCUCCAACUGAAAAAAGAGAUCCAGCUGUGUUGAAUAGGUACCAUUAGGGGUUAUCGUAUGUUCAGGUUCAAGAAAAAAAGUAUUCAAAGAACGAAAAGAUAAAAGGACGAGAGAACUUCACGUGGAUGGGGAAUUGCUGUAGUGCCAUAAGUACGAAGGGGAAGGGCUGCCCCCCUUGAUGGAAAGGUUUUCCCGUUUUUAUUUCCCCCAAAGGGUCGCCCUUUCCCCCUUCUGAGCGAGUCUGCCAGACGGACCUGCCUUUUUUUAGUCCUUUUAGCUGAUAAAGAGAUAUACCUUAUCUUUUGUUCCUCAGAAAGAGUAUUUAUUGUGUUUUAGUUUGUGUCGAACCCUGUCCACUGAACAAAAAAGCUUGUAUGUUUGUUUGUAUGAAUCUAGAGCUUCAUGCUUUUCCUGAUUAAAUCUUAGCUAGUAAAGUAGUGCGAUUCCUCUUCUUCUAAUUACUUCUUAAUUUCUUUUGCUUUAUUGUGGAAAAAAAAACAGUGAUUUAAUUUAUUGUACUUGGUUUGAUCUUUCUCAGCUUUCUUGUCUCCGUUUCUGACAGCACAGACUGACAGACGGACAGCUGAAAGCACUUUGUGUCUCACCUCUUGUUCAAUGCUGUGGCAAGUUAUUCUUUCUCCUGCGCCGUGCUGUGUUUUUGAGCUUACAGACACGCGCGCUCUGAGGCGGCCGUCGUUUGGCGUGGUGAAGAACGUUACUGGUUUACAAAACUCGGGGCCUGAGUUUACCGGGCACCUCUCUUUAACUUCAGCACCACUCACUAUGGAUUUAAACCUCUCACUCUAAGACGUCAUGGUAAAAUUAACAUUUCCUUAAAGUUUUACAGCACAUUAGGUCAAUACAAGAAGAUGAAGUGGUGUCACAGUGAGAGGCCCCUGUAAACACACGGCCUCACUCACUUACAAUCUAAGCUAUUUCCAAGCCGUUGUGGCAGAUCAAGCUAAGAAUCAAAGCUGAGGUCAGUUUAUGUCAGUCAUCGAAUUCCCACGCAGACAAUUUGACUUUAAACGCCUCCAACAAACGACAGCAGUCAGUGGUCCCUGCUGAAGUGUCAUUGAGCCAGGCACAGACAACAAAGCCCCGCUGUAUCACACACGACGCUGUGACUGGAGCAGAGCAGUGUGUCACAACCUGACAAAACUAAUAUGAGUCAUAGUAUUUCAAAUAUACACACACCUGCAUUUAAUCAGCUCUCCAGUGUUUUGAAAGCUACCAGUAGGUAAUUUGUUUUCCCUCAUGAUUUCCAAAUAUCUGCCUGUGGAAUUGACAGUAAACUGAUCUCAACCUGAGUGUGAAUGAUAGAAACAUGCGUUUAAAAGCUCCCUCCGCUGACCUCAUCGUCUAAUCUACUUCAAAAAGGUCACGACAUCAGGAGCAAACCAAGAUGUCAGCUGACACAUUUGUAGUUGUGCUGAUCUCAGAAAGAGUAUUGACCUGUUUGUUUGUUUUUCCCUCACAUGAACUUUCUGUCAGUGGGGCUCAGAGGUCAGUUGGGCGGCGGCGAUAGCGGCGGCGGCUUUAAAACAACCUUUGCUGUUUAUUUUCUUUCUCAGUCUGUCUCAUUAUCUGCCAGAGAACAGUAGACAGUUCAAAGUGGCAGCUCAAACAGAACCUUCAACCAACACUCUUCCUUUUUUUAUUGAAUUUUCCAAAUGGUACUUCAGUAUACGGCACAUGUUUGAAAAGCUUGUCGUUUUUUUGUUUCUUAUUUUUUUCCCCUCAACACAAACAGGUUAAGCUGCCAUUGUUUUUGACAUAUCGGUAUGGAAUGAAGUGUAGCCUCUUCAUGAAUUGAGAUCUUUUUCUUCAGUACCUGCUGUCAUUGGCUUCUUCCAUAGACUCUGCUGGAGAAACCUACUGCUGUGAGUGUGUGAGAGUGUGUGUGUGUGUGUGAGAGUGUAUUUAGAUCUCAGUCUUUAGUUUUCUCUCCCUCCUCCAUUUCUAACAUGUAGUUUGUUAGCUGUCUGGUCUAAAGCCUGCUUGUCUGUUAACUGGAAUGAAGGGUUGUGUCAUAAAAACCACAACCUGAUCUCAAGCUUAUUCUGAUAGAGCCCUCUUGGUGAGUUUACAAGUCUGUCCUGAGUACCAGGCUGAAUCUUUGCCCGUAAAACAUUUCAUACAGUGCUCAUACCUCCAUAUCAAACAGCUGACUCAUACUUUUGCCACACGGAGAGGUGGGAUCAAAAAGAGCCCUGAAACAGCUUCCCUUUUUCCCCCCUCUCUCUUUUUUUUUUUUUUUUUAGCUCUCCUAUAUCGCAGCCCUCUCCUGAAAUCUGCCUAAAUCCUUCUCUCAGGCAACAUCAGUCACUUCAGCCUAACCCACGCAACAUCCACAGUCCAUUCUUCUCAUUGUUCCUCCCCAGAUGCCUCUCCUUUUUUGGAUCAUUAUACAUGGAUCCCACUCUCUCUGCAUGGCCUCAAGGCAAAUGACACAUCUGAGCAGGAUACUUGGGAGUACGGUAGCACAGCUUGUUUUACACAGAAGGACACUGAGACCAGCCAGAGAAUGACUGAAAAGUGAAAACUAUUUUAAAAUUAAAUUACAGUGGAAAGAAAUAUUACAGACCCUGAAAAUAUGAGCAUUAAAAAAGAGGAUAAAACACAGUUCAGCUUCAGUGGCGUCUCCUCGUCACUUUGUGUAUUCAGCAGCAGUUACAGUUGUGCUCAUAUGUUUGCAUACCCUGGUGGAAUUUGUGGCCAUUUUUCAGAGAAUAUGAAUGAUAAGAGAAAAACUUUGUUUUCACUCAUGGUGAGUGGUUGGGUGAAGCCAUUUAUUGUCAAACAUCUGUGUUUACUCUUUUUAGAUCAUAAUGACAACAGAAACUACCCAAGAAGUCAUACAUUCUGCCAGGGUAUGUAAACUUAUCAAUCAAUCUUUAUUUGUAUAGCCCCAAAUCACAACAAACGUUAUCUCAAGACGCUUUAACAAACAGAGCAGGUCUAGACCACUCUAUGUCAAAUUAUGAACACAGACCCAACACCAAGACAUGAUAAGACUCAGUCUGACCCCACCUUAAUCCACCAUGAGCAUUGCACCUCGCAGUAUUUAGCUAGUUACAACAGAGAGGACAAACUUCCUUUAACAGGCAGAAACCUCGAGCAGAACCAGACUCAUGUUAGACAGCCAUCUGCUGAGACCGAGUUGGGUCUGGAAACUUAUGAGCACAACUGUACCUCCAAGUGAAAAAUUAAUUACUGCUGAAGGCCUCCUGUUGAAGUGGCAUCAGUAACAAGUUCACAAAACCUUGACAAUUUCUAACAACAAAAUAAAACAUUGGCCCUUCAGUGAAGACGUUAAUAAUUGAUAUAUCAGAGCUGCCAGGGUUUCCAUCUGCACAACAUGUCCAGCAGUGAGCUGUCUGUGUUCAAAGUGUUUGGUUGUUGACACAUAAUUGGUACUGUCCGUGCGUUUAGGGUACUGAUCAAAGGUAGUUUGGAGGGGAGGGCUCGGGGUCAGUUGUAUUUUUGUAAAGAUGAAAACAGCUCUAGGCGGGUAGGGAAAGGACAGCACUUUGUAGAAGGCUUCGUGGCAGGUAGUGCUACUGAAUAAAAAAAGAGUUGGAGACAUUAAGCAUUGUUAAAUUCUUUUUUUUAAUUUCGUCAUUUUUAUUUUUUGUUUUAAAAGUACGACCUGUAGGGAACAUGAAAAAAGACAAGAACUCCUAACUACACAGUGCCACUUGUUAAUUUUGUGUAAAUAAUACUAGACCAUGUAAAUACAAUGUUGUAUAUGAAAAAAAAUCUUUAAAAUAAAAGGGAAAAUCAUGUGUGAGCAGAAAGAUUUUGUUUUUAUUUGAUUUUUGAUUUUUUUUUUUUCUCCUUUGGAUGAUUCAAAUGUGACACAAAUGGUGUGUAUUUCAAGACUGCUAUUUCAAACGUUUUGUUUUAUUUGAACUGGUCUUUAACAGCGAGUGUAUAUACAAUGAAACACAAAAUAAUGAGAAAUGUUUUACCGUAUUAUACCCUUGGUUUAACUUCUACCUGUGUCAUAAAAACCUUUGUCCUCA